UCGAGUCAGUCAGUGUGAAUUCACAGACCGAACCAAAUUUUGGUCCAAAGGGCUCGUGCGGUUUUGCUUUCUGUGUUUUUUUUCCCCCUUUUACAUGAACUAGUCACCUUAAAAACGGUUCUUUCUGUGCGUUCGGCCCCCCCGGCGGACCCGCUCCAUUCCCGUCUUUCUUCACCUGCUCCGUCUGUUUCGCUCCGAACGGUUGCUUAGCACGCCGAGCCUUCGCUCCUCGCGCUGCUCUCGCGACAUUUCCGGACGCUGUCUUCCGGUCGCACGUCACUCCGCCGUCGUCAUGGCAUCGACAGACGCCAAAGGAGGAUUAGCAGUUUAGCAUAUCGCGCGCAGUAACUGGAACGUCAAACAGCGGACGGAAAUGGCAGAUCGCCGGUAGCCUGAUGUUCGUGUAGCCGCCACAGGGCUGUAACUCCAUCGCACUGCGGACAUGGCCGUCGCUGCUUUACCUUGCUGCAUUUAGCAAUAGCCGCUUACAGUCUGUAACAGGUAGCUUCAGCUUGUGUCUCGUCUGGCUGUUUCCGCUAGUGGUGUUGGGUUCCAAUCCUUCACCGCUGCAAAAGAAAACAAGCCAGGGAGAACUUUAUUCCCAUAAACAAGCAAGGAAACGCAAAUAUGUAUCACAAGGAGAAAAGCAUCCAGAUCAAAAGCAGCGCCUCAGCCCUGUACAACAACCUGAGCGUGCUGCGGAUCGCCCCCCGCUGUCUCACGUACUUUACCGUGGUCCAUGCCAAUGUGGUAAACAUGGUGAGUGCCUCGUGGGACGGACUGAACUUCUCACACCGGCAGCUGCAGUCCAAGGAGGGGAACAUUGCAGCCAGCUCUUCACUCAUCAUGCAGGCAUCGUGGUGUGUUCUGCCCUCCAGGGAGCUGCUGGUGCUCACCUCUCAGAAGGGAAUUCAGAUGUACGAGUCUGACGGCUCCAUCAUGGUGUACUGGCAUGCCCUGGACAACCCGGAGACACCGACAGCCCAGGCUGUGUUUGCUCGUGGAAUCGCCGCAGUGAGGGAGAACUACAUCUGUGUGGGGAUCUCCUCGGGCUCCGUCCUGGUGUUCGACAUCCCAAGCAAAGGGAGCAACGUCAUGUUGUCGGAGGUGCUGGAGGAGCACAGGGACGCCGUCACAGACAUGGCGUCUGAGUGCUCCGGCAGCCUGGAGUACAUGGCCGACCUGGUCACCGCCGACGACUCCGGCCUCCUGUGUGUGUGGAAGUCGGGAGAGGAUUUCCAGCUGCUCCACAAGAUCCCGGGUUUUGACGUCUCCUGCUCCUCUGUGAAGCUGUGGAAGGGAACGGUGGCGGCAGGGUACGGCACGGGCCAGAUCCGCAUCUACGAGGCCGUCACGGGUAUUGUGCACGCAGAGGUCAAUGCCCACGCCCGCUGGAUCUACUCGCUGGACAUCGCACCCUUCUCUGGCCUGCUGCUGUCGGGUGCCGAAGACUCUCUGGUGCGGGUCUGGCAUCUGACCAUGAACCCGGACGCUAACAGCGUGGAGGUAAAGUAUCUUACAGCUGUACUUUACCCCAUUGCACUCCCCGGAGUCAAUGUCCCCCUCAUCCCCUGCAGGUUGAGCACCUGUACAGCGAGUGCAUCACCGACACCCAGAUAUGUGGCGCUAAGUUCUGUGACGGGGACGGGUACGCCUUCGCCGUGACCGGGUACGACCUGAGUGAGAUCAUCCGCUACACGCAGGCAUAGGCGCUGCAGGCAAGUGGGGAGCGGCACAUGCCAGAAACUGCAGGAGAAGCAGCUGUAGAUCACAUCUGUGUCCGUGUGUGUGAGAGAUGCUCUCUCGACUCGCACUUCACUGUCCGAAAGGGCCUUCAGCUCACAAUCCACGGUGAUGACAGCACAAGCUGACCACCUGAAUGACGUACAACUGUAACGUGUGUUAGACAGUGCCAUUAUGUACAAGAACAGUGAUGGUGGCAGUAAUGGUAAAUGGGUUUUUUUUAUCUGUGGAUUUUGAGAUAGAAAGAAUUUUUUGCUCCUCUCUGAUCAAGCUGCGAAAGCAAUCCAUUCACACCAUAACCUGUGUGUGUUCGUCUCAAAACAAUAUAAUGUGUUCACAACUUUCACCAUUGAAACUGCAUUGGCAUGUGAAGCUCUUCUGUGCUGAAAAUUCAGGAAUUGUUAUAUUUUUUAGAAAUAUACAGUGUUUGCUCGUGUGUACUGAUAGACAGUAUGGCUACAGUUGUGGAACAAUGUUUAAAUUUACGCUUUUGCAAUUUGUUUAGUAAUGUAUUUUUUUUUUUUACAAUAGGGAAUGAAGUCUUCACAGUAUAUAAAGUAUAUACAACCCAAAGUUUUAUAAUCAUAAGCUCCUUGUUGAUUGUUGUCAGUGCUGCAUAC